UCUGGCGGGAAAGAGCUCAUUGUGUACACUGUAAACACGUUGCUGUAUUUUUCGCCAUGGAUGUUGCCGAACAAGCUGUCAGGACUAACCAAGUGAAGGAUCAAGUCGGCGAAAGAUGCCAGAAACUAUUUCAAGAUUUUUUGGAAGAAUUUUCAGUGGACGGCGAACAGAAAUACUUGUCGGAAGUGCAGGAAUUAAUUAGACCAGAAAGAAACACACUCACAGUCAGCUUCGAAGAUGUCGAAAAGUUCAACCAACAGCUGUCUACUACAGUUCUGGAGGAAUACUACAGAAUAUAUCCAUUUCUCUGUCGUGCCGUCCGAAAUUAUGCAAAAGAUUGGGGUCAGAUACCCCCUGCAAAGGAGUUCUAUGUCAGUUUCACAGAUGUCCCAACCAGACUGAAGGUCCGUGAGAUGACUACAGCGAAAGUUGGUACAUUGCUAAGAAUUAUUGGUCAAGUUGUGCGGACACAUCCUGUCCAUCCCGAGCUGGUCAGUGGUACAUUCAUGUGUCUGGAUUGUAGAACAGUGAUUAAGGAUGUGGAGCAACAGUUUAAGUAUACACAGUUUGGGGGCAGAGAUAUGAAAGAUGAGGAGAUAACAGCAGAGACGAUAAAAAAACAGAUGACCGAUGAUGAGUGGCAGAAGGUGUAUGAUAUGAGCAUGGACAAAAAUCUUUACUACAAUAUGUGUUCCAGUCUUUUCCCAACCAUACAUGGAAGUGAAGAAAUCAAGAGAGGUGUGCUUCUCAUGUUGUUUGGUGGUGUUCCCAAGGUUACCACAGAAAAGACCAAUCUCCGUGGUGAUAUCAACAUUUGUAUUGUUGGUGAUCCAAGCACAGCCAAAAGUCAAUUCUUAAAACAGGUAGAGGAGUUCAGCCCCAGGGCAGUAUACACUAGUGGCAAGGCGAGUACUGCGGCAGGUUUAACUGCUGCUGUUGUCAAGGACGAAGAAUCCCACGAGUUUGUUAUCGAGGCAGGUGCUCUGAUGUUGGCGGACAAUGGUGUUUGCUGUAUAGAUGAGUUUGACAAGAUGGAUCCUAAGGAUCAGGUCGCAAUCCACGAGGCCAUGGAACAACAGACCAUCUCGAUCACAAAGGCUGGUGUCAGGGCCACGCUGAAUGCCAGAACAUCAAUAUUGGCCGCUGCCAACCCCAUUGGUGGACGAUAUGACAGAACAAAGUCACUGAAACAGAACAUUACUCUAACUGCUCCCAUCAUGUCACGUUUUGACCUGUUCUUCAUUCUGGUGGAUGAAUGUAAUGAGGUGACUGACUAUGCCAUUGCUCGUCGUAUUGUGGACCUACACAGUCGCCAGGAUGAGUCUGUGGAGAGGAUCUACUCUGUAGAAGACAUCACAAGAUAUCUCAUGUUUGCACGACAGUUCAAACCAAAGAUCAACAAGGAGGCACAGGAAUACAUGAUAGAGGAGUACAAACACCUGAGGCAACGGGACGGAACAGGGGCAGCCAAGUCCUCCUGGAGGAUUACUGUCCGUCAGCUUGAGAGCAUGAUACGUCUGUCUGAAGGAAUGGCUCGACUUCAUUGUCAGGAUGAAGUGCAGCCAAAGCAUGUCAAAGAAGCGUUUCGCCUGCUGAACAAAUCCAUCAUCCGUGUGGAACAGCCAGAUAUCCACCUGGAAGAGGAAGAUCAGCAGGAUCAGGAAGAAAUGGACAUUGACGAAGCUACUCCAGCAGCUGAACCACAGGCUACACAGGAGGGUGACGCUGCUUCAGCUACCCAGCCUAAGAAGGGACUGAAGUUAUCCUAUGAUGAGUAUAAACAGAUGGCCAACUUAAUGGUGCUGUACAUGCGACGACAGGAGGAAGAAACACAAGACGACGACUCCAAUAAUUUGAGACGUAGCGACCUUGUUAGUUGGUAUCUUCGGGAGAUGGAGGGCGAGAUUGAUUCCGAGGCUGAGUUACUAGAGAAGAAGACAAUUGUGGAAAAAGUUUUGGAUAGGCUUGUUCAUCAUGAUCAUGUCCUCAUAGAACUGAAGCAGACUGGGUUGAAAGGAGAAGGACUUGUACGAGAGGAGGAUCCAUUCCUGGUUGUUCACCCCAACUACUUGGUGGACUGAAAUAAAGUGACAGAGGACAAAUAUCUUUGAUAAUGCGCAAAGGAAUUUGUAUGAUUUAACAUCAUAGUGAAGCUAAUGGAUUGAUGCUCGGAUGUGUUCUCCGUUUUAUACUGCAGAAUUCUUAUUUACCAGUGGCACUACGGUCAUAGCUUCAAGGAUAUGGAUUUCUAAAACUGACUGGUCCAGGAGUGGUUUCGGUUGGGGAGAAGAUCCAAGUUGUUAGUGCUAUGUGAUAUUAAUGCAUUUUGUUAUGAAUCAGGUUUAUGUAGAUUAUUUGAACUGAACAAUGGACUCUGAACUAAAAUUGAGAUAUGUUUAGAUUCUGUUUAAAUCAUAUAUUCUUGAUAAAUGACAUUUCAUCUUUAGUGAGAAUUUUUUUUAAUUUGUUUUUGUAUUAGUAGAGAUUAUUUGAGGAAAUGACAUGUAUGAUAAUCAUAUCAAAUAUUUGAUCUUAUUAGGCAAUGCUGUAAAUAUUUUUUAAUGACAACAAAAUAAAAUUGCAUUUGAACUGAAGAGAAAAUAUUGGUGUAUCUAU